AUGACGUCGCCAAAGUGGAAAAUUGCGAUGGGUUGCGAUGACGCAGGCGUUGGCUACAAAAAUAAGAUCAAGGCCGACUUCGAGAACGACCCUCGCGUCGAAUCCGUUGUAGACGUCGGUAGUCAUGGAACAGACGACAAGACGGCAUAUCCCCAUCGAGCAGUCGAGGCAGCGAAGCUUGUUGCGGAAGGCAAAUGCGACAGGGCACUUCUAAUUUGUGGCACUGGUUUAGGCGUGGCCAUCUCAGCCAACAAAGUCAAAGGCAUCCGAGCCGUGACGGCACAUGACAGCUUCUCCGUCGAGAGAGCGGUACUCAGUAACAACGCACAAGUCUUGUGUAUGGGAGAGAGAGUAGUCGGUGUAGAGCUGGCAAGGAAACUAGCGAAAGAAUGGCUUGGUUACCAAUUUGAUCCAACCAGUGCGAGUGCUGCGAAGGUUGAUGCCAUCACAGAGUAUGAACAUGUUGAGCUGGUAAUUUAA